AUGUCUUCUAGCAACCGCCUCUCGGUUUCCGUCCAGCCCCUCAAUUACGCAGAUGUCCACGCCUGUGCGCAGAUGACCUCUGACGCUUUCGCCAUCGACCCGCACACCAUUGUGAAGGGCCUGGGCCGGAAGCCCUAUGACAUGUACGACAUCAUGCGCUCCAUGCUCCUCGAUGGCCUGGAACGAAAAAAACAAAUCUACGUGAAAGCCGUAGACGAGGAGACGGGCGAGAUUGUGGGCCAUGCAGGUUGGGCGUUCAAGGACGUAGAUGAGGCGGCUAUUCCUUGGAGCCGACCCAGUGAUGACAAGUCGGCGGCCAAGGAAGAGCCACGUCCGAAGAAAGAUGAGCCUGAAAAUGAGGACACUGGAGACGUUGAAGAGAAAAGAGAAGAAGAUUCAAUUAACCGCCUCAAGGCCCUCGAGUCCCGUGACAUGCAAUACUGGCAGACCAACAUCAUUCCCCAGGACAAACCCUGCGUCUUCAUCACCGGUCUACACGUGUCGGUUUCGCACCAAUCCCGCGGUGUAGGCACCAUCAUGCUCCAGUAUGGCAAUGCUAUCGCCGACAAACUGGGCCUCACUAUUUGGGUACAUUCAUCGCACCAGGCGUAUGAAGCAUACCAGAAAGCUGGGUUUGAGGCCGUGAAGGAGCUGGACUUGGAUUUGGACGAGUGGGCGCCAAGAGGGCCAAGAGUGGGUGAAGCGGUUAUGGGGGACAAGGGGAGCGAGAAAUGGGGUAGAUAUAUCAUCAAGUACAUGAAGAGGGAUCCUAAGUAA